AUGCUAGAUAUGGCAGAGGCAUUCAAAUUCAAGCUGCUUCAAUCCACCCCUUAUUAUGCACAAGCAGAAUCAAGUAAUAAGGUGAUCAUCAACAUUAUCAGAAAAAUUCUUGAGAAAAAUCCAAAACAAUGGCAUGAGAAGUUAUCAGAAACUCUAUGGGCAUAUAGGACUUCAAAGAGAAAAGCAACUGGCAUGACCCUAUAUGCUCUAACUUAUGGUCAUGAUGUAAUUCUGCCUAUGGAAAUAGCAGUUCGAUCUCUCAGAAUUAGUCAGCGACAUAAUCUGACUGGAGAAGACUACUCUCAAGCCAUGCUGCUAGAAUUGGAAGGACUAUAUACAAGUAGAAUUGACACCCUCAACAAACUCUUAGCAAGGAAACAUGCUAUGUCAAGGGCUUACAACAAAAGAUUUAAAAACAAGUGUUUUGAAGAAGGAGAAAUAGUAUGGAAAGCAGUUCUGCCCCUUGGAACACACAUAGCUGGUUAUGGGAAAUGGUCACCUACAUGGGAAGGUCCUUUCAUAAUUAAGCAAAUCCUUGGACUGGGGAUGUACAGGAUCGAAGUGGAGAUGUCAAUGCUGCACCAAUCAAUGGCAAAUGGUUGA